AUGAAGACUCGUAGUUCUACCAAGAUCUCAGCAAAAUGGAUUCCAAUUUUCUCUGUAUUUUCCUUCAUUCUUGGAAUGCUCAUAACAACCAGGAUAUGGGAGCCACCUGGGCCUAACGGGGUGCUUCUGUCAAAUCAUCGACGUGAGCAAGAAUUGCAAGUGGUAUCAGGGGAUUGUGCUACUAAAAAGCCUGUGCAGGAUAAGGAUGUAAUGAGUGAAGUGUACAAAACCCAUGAGGCCAUUCAGGAUGUCAGAUCUCUAGACAAGCAAGUCUCCCAUCUUCAGAUGGAGCUAGCAGUAGCAAGGAGUACUAGAGAAUCUGAGGUCUCGGAUGGUUUGGCUAACACCUUGGCCUCAGGGUCCUCCACCGAAGGCCCUCCAAGGAAGGUGUUUGUAGUGAUUGGCAUAAACACUGCUUUCAGUAGCAGGAAGCGACGUGAUUCGGUUAGAGAGACCUGGAUGCCUCAAGGGGAGCAGCUUCUUCAAUUGGAACAAGAGAAGGGAAUCGUCAUCAGAUUCAUGAUUGGUCACAGUGCAACUUCUAACAGCAUUCUUGAUCGAGCCAUUGAUUCAGAAGAAGCCCAGCACAAAGAUUUCCUUCGCCUGGAACAUGUUGAAGGGUAUCAUGAACUGUCUGCUAAGACAAAAAUUUUCUUUUCUACGGCAGUUGCAAAAUGGGAUGCUGAUUUCUAUGUCAAAGUGGAUGAUGAUGUCCAUGUCAAUUUAGGUGUACUUGCGACAACCCUUGCUCGGCAUCGUUCAAAGCCAAGGGUCUACAUUGGAUGUAUGAAAUCUGGACCUGUUCUUUCACGAAAGGAUGUUAAGUAUCAUGAACCUGAGUUUUGGAAGUUUGGAGAAGAGGGUAACAAAUACUUCCGUCAUGCAACUGGACAGAUAUAUGCAAUCUCUAAGGAUCUAGCCACCUACAUUUCCAUUAACCAGCCAAUAUUGCACAAAUAUGCCAAUGAAGAUGUGUCACUUGGUGCAUGGUUCAUAGGUCUAGAAGCUGAGCACAUAGAUGACCGCAGCAUGUGCUGUGGAACUCCUCCAGACUGUGAGUGGAAGGCAGAAGCAGGUAACAUAUGUGUUGCAUCCUUUGACUGGAGCUGCAGUGGAAUCUGCAAGUCAGUGGAGAAGAUCAAAUAUGUGCACUCUAAGUGUGGUGAGGAGGAUGGAGCUGUUUGGAGUGCUUUAGUUUAG